UGCUCAUUCUGCGGUUAAAAAAUGUCUGUCGAAGAUCGGGAGCAACUGCGUCGCUUUGUGGAUGUAAACAGAAGGCGAUUGAAGGCUAUCCUGAAGCGCCUACAUUGGAGCGAAAAGGGGGUGAUGGCUGCAAGAGAAGGUGGUCAAAGCUCAAAGAAUCAUGCAAAGGAAGAGGAUGUAUUGGGCGCAAAGGAAUUACUGCCCGACUCCUGCUGCACUAAUUCCGCCUUCAGCAUUCAGCUGGACAGAACUGCUAUCCAACGUAUUAUAGGAAAAGAUACAGGUCAGCUCAAUGAAGCCGCCACAUUUGAUGAUCUGCAGUCAGGACUUAACGCAAACGAAAGGCUCCUCGUCUACGAGCACGUACUGCAGCACACCAAGAAGCAUCCGGAGUUCGAGGACAAUGCUGCCUUCGCCGAGAUGGUGAGCGUAACAAAGCGCGAGCGGAAGAAGCAGCGACGCCAUCGCAAGAGUAAGCCCACCAUCAACGAGGAGCUGCAACAGUUGGUCAACCUGCAGAUGCAUGCGCUGCAAAUGCAGUGGCAAAAGGAGCAUGACGAACAGCACCAGGAGUAUGAAAAACAUACGCAUAAGCAUGAGGGGCAUAAAGAGCGUCACCAGACCCCUAAGGAACACAAGGAGUGCCACCCAAAGCGGCAUAACGAGCUCAAAGAACGGUACCAGGAUCAUAAGGAAGAUACAGAGCGGUAUAGAGAUCACAAAGACCUGCAUCCGGUGGAAAUGAACAUCAAAGAAGGACAUGAAAAACACAAGGAGAGGCACAGGGACCACAGAAGCAGCCGAAAGAGAAGUAGGAAUAGGAGUCCCAGUUCAGAAAGGAUGCGAUAUGGCCAAAAACGAGAUGACCAUGAGUACCGUAGGCAAUACUACAGAAAACAUUAAAGCGUGAAUUUCACCUGUUUUAGCUAAGGAGGAGUUGCACUCCAAUUGGCCAGGCAUUCAA